CGGCCGCCCGGGGCGGAGCUUCCGGUCGUCCGCGGAGGCCGGUGGAAAGCUGAGGCUGCGGCAUCGCUGGGACCGUGGGGCGUGCCAUGGCGGUGAACCUGAGCCGGAACGGGCCGGCGCUGCAGGAGGCCUACGUGCGCGUAGUCACCGAGAAGUCCCCGACCGACUGGGCUCUCUUUACCUAUGAAGGCAACAGCAAUGACAUCCGUGUGGCUGGCACAGGGGAGGGAGGCCUGGAGGAGCUGGUGGAGGAACUCAACAGCGGGAAGGUGAUGUACGCCUUCUGCAGGGUGAAGGACCCCAACUCUGGCCUGCCCAAGUUUGUCCUCAUCAACUGGACAGGCGAGGGUGUGAAUGAUGUGCGGAAGGGAGCAUGCGCCAACCACGUCAGCACCAUGGCCAACUUCCUGAAGGGUGCCCACGUGACCAUCAAUGCACGGGCUGAGGAGGAUGUGGAGCCUGAGUGCAUCAUGGAGAAGGUUGCCAAGGCCUCUGGGGCCAACUACAGCUUCCAUAGAGAAAGCAGCUGCUUCCAGGAUACAGGGCCUCAGGCCCCAGUGGGCUCUGUGUACCAGAAGACCAACGCCAUAUCUGAGAUCAAGAGGGUUGGCAAAGAUAGCUUCUGGGCCAAAGCUGAGAAGGAAGAGGAGAACCGCCGUCUGGAGGAGAAGCGGCGGGCUGAAGAGGAGCGGCAGCGGCUGGAGGAGGAGCGGAGGGAGCGGGAGCUGCGGGAGGCUGCCCGCCGUGAGCAGCGCUACCAGGAACAGCAGAGAGCAUCUGGACCCCCAAGCAGGACAUGUGAGCAGGAACAGGAAGUGGUUUCAAGGAGCAGACAGGAAUGGGAGUCUGCUGGGCAGCAGGCCCCACACCCACGAGAGAUUUUCAAGCAGAAGGAAAGGGCUAUGUCCACCACCUCAAUCUCUAGCUCUCAGCCAGGCAAGCUGAAGAGCCCCUUCCUGCAGAAGCAGCUCACUCAACCGGAAGCCUCCUAUGGCAGAGAACCAACGCCCACUGUCUCAAGACCCGGAGCAGGGGUCUGUGAGGAGCCAGCUCCUAGCCCUCUGUCUUCAGUCCAGACAGAAGAGGAGGCCACAUACGAAGAACCUCCGGAGCAGGACACCCUCUAUGAGGGGUCUCCACUGGUGCAGCAGCAAGAGGCUGGCUCUGUACACAUUGACAACUACAUGCAGGGCCAGGGCAUCAGUGGGCAAGGGCUAUGCGCCCGGGCCUUGUACGACUACCAGGCAGCUGAUGACACAGAGAUCUCCUUUGACCCUGAGAACCUAAUCACGGGCAUCGAGGUGAUUGAUGAAGGCUGGUGGCGUGGCUAUGGGCCUGAUGGCCACUUUGGCAUGUUUCCUGCCAACUACGUGGAGCUCAUAGAGUGAGGCUGAGGCCUGUCUUCCUUCUCUACUGGAAGUGGCUUCCUUGUUGUGAAAAGAAGAGGCCUAAGAGUCACUGUUUGGCACUCUUCUAGGAAUGGAACUUCAGUGAGGACAGGGCUCCCUCUGCCUUGAGUGCUCUGUUACCCCAGAUGGAGCAGAAUCCCACUGCUCCCCCAAAUGCUUACCACAGCCUCCAGGACCUCCUACCAGACUCACACUUGACCCCAGUGGGGAUGGCAUAUUGAGCCAAGCUUAACCUGUGGCCAGCUCCUGGGUGACCUCUGUCCAAGGAGAGCAGCACUGAGAAGUGAGGGUCAGAGCAGGGACAUCGGGGGCCACAUCUGCAUUUGCCUUUCUUUCUCUGUGUGGCUUCUGAGGGGUGGCAGCUCCAGCUGUUUAGAAAGGCCCUUGGGAAUCAGGAACUUAAGAAAAUUGCUUUUAGCGAAAUCUUGACCAAAGUCAGAGUAGACCAUGACGGUUUUGACAGCAGGGAAGUUUUCUUACUAGGGGCUUCCCUCCCUCCCUCCACUUCUGUCCCCAUGUCUGUGCUGUGGGAAGAAGGGAUGGGAUGACCAAGCUCCCAUCUUGGGGAAUGUGAAAUCUCAAAGACAUGACAUGUAUCAUGUGGCUCACUCAA